AUGUUGUUGCAAGAGGACUUUUGGGUGUGCGAAAAGUCAGAUGGCCAGCGUGUGCUUGUUCUUAUUGUAGUGCCGCCCAUGACCAACAAGCAAGAAGUCUAUUUAAUCGAUCGCAAGAACAACUACUAUCAGAUAUGGGAUAUUUUUUUCCCGCACCACAAUCCGCAGUCUCCGGAGGCUGCGGCCACUGCUGGACAGCGCACACACACACUCCUAGAUGGAGAACUCGUUCUAGAUGCACUCGGUCCCAACCAGACAAAGCUGCGGCUACUCCUCUUUGACUGCAUCGUCAUUGAUGGCGAGAAUAUAUCGCGGCGAUCACUUGGGCGUCGCUAUGCGCGCUUACGCAGCCACAUUUUCCCCGCAUACAACCAGCAUCUGAAGAGAAACAAGCUUGCGCGCGUGAAGGAGCCCUUUGAGGUUAUGAUUAAGCCAAUGGAUCUCGCAUAUGGCAUCGAGACAGUAUUGCGUACGCGGGUGCCUUCUUUGCAGCACAAGAACGACGGCUUAAUAUUCACGAGUCUAAACAGUAGCUACGUAUGCGGCACAGACCCACGGAUUUUGAAAUGGAAGCCGCCGCAUGAGAACACGAUUGACUUUAAACUCCAGCUGCGUUUCCCCCCCAAAGCAGACAAACCACACGAGCCUGAUUUUCACGCCAAGCCGUAUUUUAUUCUUUUGCAGCAUCUGGGCAGCAUACAGCACGAAUUUUUCGACUACUUGGAGAUGAGCGACGACGAAUGGGAAAAAUGGAAGCAGAGCGGCGAGCAACUCGACGACCGGAUUGUGGAAUGUGCUUGGCACCCCCCUGCGGGCGACAAUACAAGCGCAAGUACAUGGCAUAUUAGUCGGAUACGCGACGACAAGCAAAAUGCAAACCACAAAAAAAUCGUCAAAUGCAUUAUUCAGAGCAUCCUGGACGGUGUAAUGGAGGAGGAGCUGCUUGCGCUUGUGCCUGCCAUUCGGGCAGCAUGGAAAGCGCCACAGCGUGUAAAGACACGCGAAGGGGUCGCGCAAACAAAGCAAGCUUUAACUUUGCGCAGAUACAAAGGCGCUGGUUGUCCUCCCUUGCCCAUGGUUCGUGGUGGAAUGCCAGGCAUUGUACGCCGGUAA